UUCUCCAUAUUCAAACCAAAGAUUCAACCCUAAUUUUCUUAGUUUCACUAAUAUAUAUCAAUCAAAGAGCUCUUUGCCAUCCCUUUCAAAUUUCCAAGGAUGGUGGCUAAUGUUGUUGCAUAUCUGAUCGUCUUUACUGCAAUCUCCAGUACCGUUGCAUCUGAUCCUGACACCCUGCAGGAUAUCUGCGUUGCUGUUCCCUCUUCAGGGUUAAAGGUAAACGGGUUUGCAUGCAAGCAGGAGGCAAAUGUUACGGCAGCUGAUUUCUUCUUCGACGGCUUGGCUAAGCCAGGAGUAGUUAACAACUCAGUUGGGUCAAUUGUAACAGUGGCCAACGUGGACAAGAUUCCAGGUCUCAACACCCUGGGGGUGUCACUGGCGCGCAUUGACUAUGCACCUGGUGGGCUUAACCCUCCUCACACGCACCCGCGUGCCACAGAGAUUGUAUUCGUGCUUGAUGGCGAAUUGGACGUAGGCUUCAUCACUACAGCAAACAAGCUCAUCUCCAAAACAAUCAAGAAAGGUGAAAUCUUCGUGUUCCCAAAGGCUCUCGUUCAUUUUCAGAAGAACAAUGGCGACAAGGCCGCCGCUGUGAUCUCCGCCUUCAAUAGCCAAUUGCCUGGCACCCAAUCCAUUGCUGCAACACUUUUCACGGCGACACCCUCCGUCCCAGACGAUGUGUUGACAAAAGCCUUUCAGGUUGGUACCAAAGAGAUUGACAAAAUCAAGUCGAAGCUUGCUCCCAAGAAGAAUUAAGUCAAAUUAUAUAAGCUGCAGAGAGCUUAAAAUUUCCCUGGGGAAGUAAUGUUUGGGUCUUUUUUUUUUUUUGGUACUUUAAGAAUAAAAAAUGUAAUUUUUUUUUUUUUUUUUUUUUUUUUUUUUUAUUAUGAAGAGAAGAAUAAAAAAGGUAAUUUAAAACCGAGAAUUUGGCGACUUUCUUCUGGUAUGCCAAUAUAAUUUUUUUUUUU